AUGGACUCCUCGGCAGAGGGUCUGCUCCGGCCUCGUGACAAGUCCCGUCCUUCCUACGAGCCCGAAACUUCCGACAGCGAGUCCGAUAUCGAUGCCACCGAGUUCUUGACCUCCGAUCCCUUAUACUCCCAGUCACGCUCCAACUCGAGUCCUUCGGAGCCUACAUUCAUAAAUGAGCAGCGCCUGCGACAAAGAUGGCGAUUCUUCUCCCUGCGCCGCCCGCGGUCCAAAUGCUGCAUCGCCCUGCUCGUAGUCCUCGGCGUGCUUCUUUUCCUCAUACUGGCAAGCGGCGGUUUUGUCUACAAGAAGUACAACGAGGAGCCUCCCUACGGGCAGUCCCCGCCGUGGUACCCGAGUCCCAAAGGUGGCACCGCCAAAAGCUGGGCGGACAGUUACAAGGCCGCUGCUGAGCUGGUGAGCAAGAUGACACUGCCAGAGAAAGUCAACGUCACAACGGGCACAGGCUGGAUGAUGGGCCUGGCAGUGGGCGCCACUGGCUCUGCUCUGCGAGUUGGGUUCCCUCAGCUGCAUCUUCAGGAUGGUCCCUUGGGCAUCAGAGGAGCCGACAACGCAACGGCGUUCCCCGCCGGCAUCACGGUCGGCGCUACGUGGAACAAGGAGCUUAUGUUCGCUCGCGGGAAGGCCCACGCGCAAGAAGCUCGUGCCAAAGGCAUCCACGUCAUCUUGGGGCCCGCCAUCGGCCCCCUCGGGCGCAUGCCAGCUGGUGGGCGUAACUGGGAGGGAUUCGGGCCGGACCCAUACCUCCAGGGCAUCGCCGGCGGCCAAACGAUCCGCGGCAUACAGAGCGAGGGCAUCAUGGCGACAAUCAAACACUUCGUAGCCAACGAACAAGAACACUUUCGCCAGCCCUGGGAAUGGGGCCUUCCGCACGCAAUCAGCACCAACAUCGACGACCGGACGCUCCACGAGAUCUACGCCUGGCCAUUCGCUGAUGCCAUCAAGGCCGGCGUGGCGAGCGUCAUGUGCAGUUACAAUAUGGUCAACAACAGCUAUGCCUGCGACAACUCGAAGCUCCUGAAUGGCAUUCUUAAGGACGAAAUGGGUUUCCAGGGCUUCGUCAUGAGCGACUGGCUCGCCCAGCGAAGCGGUGUUGCCAGCGCGCUGGCCGGGCUGGACAUGACGAUGCCGGGUGAUGGCCUGAAAUGGCAGGAUGGCCAUUCGCUAUGGGGACCAGAGCUUAGCAGGGCUGUCCUGAACGGCUCCAUUCCCAUGGAUCGCCUCAACGACAUGGUCACACGCAUCGUCGCCGCCUGGUAUCAACUUGGCCAGGACGACAAGUCCAAGUUCGACAACAAGGGGCCCAACUUUUCGUCCUGGUCUCAUGAGAAGGUGGGCGUCCAGUUCCCCGGCAGCCCAUCGCCGCAGGACAAGAUGGAGAUCAAUAAAUUUGUGCCCGCCCGGGCAGACCACGACAAGAUUGCCCGUCAGGUCGCUGCAGAAGGGACUGUGCUCCUCAAGAAUGACGACUGCCUUCCCAUCGAUCGCGACGGCUCGAUGGGAAUCAACGGCCAACGUCGAAAGCGCGACGGCACGAAACUCAAGGUUGGAAUCUUUGGAGAGGAUGCUGGGCCGGGCCGAGGCGCGAACUACUGCAAAGAUCGGGGUUGCAACCAAGGAACGCUGGGCAUGGGCUGGGGAUCCGGCGCCGUUGAGUACCCCUACCUCAUCCCGCCGGUCGACGCGCUGCGCGAGGGCUUUGACAGCAGCAAAGUCGAGCUCAGUGAAUACCUGACCAACACUCCCGGCUUCGGCAAGGAUCCCAACAUUCUUGGCGACAAGGACGUUUGCAUGGUCUUCGGGAAUGCUGACUCUGGCGAGGGCUUCUUGGCUUGGGGAAGCGUCGGCGGCGAUCGAAACGACCUGUUCCUGCAGAAAGGAGGCGACGAGCUCAUCAAGAAGGUUGCAGAGGGCUGCGGUGGUGGCAAGGGACAGACCAUCGUCGUGAUUCACUCGGUCGGCCCCGUGGUGAUGGACCGCUGGGUCAAUCUGCCCACUGUCAAGGCCGUCCUGCAAGCGAAUCUCCCCGGCCAGGAGAGCGGUAACGCCCUGGCCGAGCUCAUCUUUGGCGACACGAGCCCCAGCGGCAAGCUACCAUACACCAUCGGCAAGUCUCUCGACGACUACGGUCCAGGCGCCAAGAUCAUGUACCUUCCCAACGGCGUCAUUCCGCAGCAGGACUUCAGCGAAGGGCUCUACAUCGACUACCGCCACUUCGACAAGUACAACAUCGAGCCGCGAUUCCCCUUUGGCCACGGCCUUUCCUACACAACCUUUGAGAUCUCCAACCUCGUGAUCGAGGGUCUCAAGACGAAAUCCGCCAUGCCCUCUCCCCGACCGAACCCCGGCGCUGCGCCCCCCGAGUACGACAAUGCGAUCCCCGACCCGCAAGAAGCGCUCUUCCCACCCGAGGUCCGCAAGAUUGAGAAGUACGUCUACCCGUAUCUCGACAGUGUGGAGGGCAUCGACGCCUCGGUGCCGUAUCCCUUGCCGGAGGGCUACGACGUCGUGCAGCCGCCCUCGGGCGCAGGAGGCGACCAAGGCGGCAACCCAGACCUCUGGGAGACGUACGUCCGCGUCACCGUGGACGUGAAGAAUACGGGGAAGCGGGCUGGCAAGGUAGUGCCGCAGCUGUAUGUGGCCUACCCGCAGGGAGCUAGGGAGACCGACUUCCCCGUCAAGGUUCUGCGGGGCUUCGAAAAGGUGCUCCUGAAGCCCGGGGAGAAGAGGACGGUCGAGUUUAACCUGACCAGGCGUGAUUUGAGCUAUUGGGACGUGUACCAACAGAACUGGGUGGUAGUGAUGGGUGGUCAGUACACUCUCCUGGUCGGACAGAGCUCGCGCGACACGCCGCUAUCGGGUCUUUGGUGA